AAACUCACAACUUUACAAGCCAAAUAUACCAGAUCUCAAGCAUAGUUUUCUUUAGGGUUGGCAUUGCUACAAGUGGUUUUCAUAUUCACUUGUUCCUUGUUUUUUUUUUCCCCUGAAACCUUGUGUUGAUCCAUUGAGGCAUGAGUAGUCUGUGACAGCAUCAGAUUGCCAUGAUCGGGAGUUAGGUUAACCAGACACAUUCAACAUGAAUGUACGUACUACAUUACUAUAGUGUAUAUAGGUCUAAACUUCAGCCAAAAACAACACCAACAGCUGUAUCUUAGUUGUACGAAAACCAUUAGAAUUGAGACCAGACAUGCUUGCUCUAUCCAAGAUGAUCACCAUUGUGAUACUCCUCCUCGGGGUUUCUUGGCCUGCCAUUGGUGCACCUUUUAGUCCACCUUUUAGGCCACACUAUCCCGAGACUUGUAAAACUACCUUGAAUCUGUUGGAUCCUUGCUUUCCGCUAUAUGAUCCUUCGGAGCCUACACCGGCUUGCUGUAAAGCUGCGGCGUCUCUCAGCACUCAAGUAAUUGCGAAGAAGCUAUAUGAGUGUCUAGAGGAUUUACAAAAGGCAGGGCCUCUGAACUUAUCUGCACUUCGUCUUCUGUUCCCCGCCUGUGACGUUUCUGUAAAGCUUCCACCGGCACGUGUCUCGGAUGAUAUGGACUGUUCCCAGUAUGAACCUGAAGAUUCAAGGGUUGCCACCUAUUGGUUAUUUUGCUAUGAUCCAAGCAUGGGCUUUUACUGGCAGUAUAGAAUUCGGUUUUCUACUAGUGUUAAGAACAGAUAUGGCAGUGAAAACAAUAGUGCCCUUGUAUCUUUUGAAUAAAACUGCUUGUUUUAAUUAGAGAUGUUUAAUUAAGGUCUAAUUUGCUUGUACGUGGAGGAUUGAAUUCCCAAUAAAAUUACAUGUUAUAA